AUGAAGUGCAAGUUUCUAAAAGGAUGUGUAAAGAAAUGGAAGAAAAUGAGGAAUCAUUUUUUGGCAACACCUUGUAACUAUUGGUUUAGAUUAUCGUCUUCUAUUCCCAAGGAUGUUCCAAAAGGUCACUUGGUUGUUUAUGUGGGAGAGAAUUGUAAGAGAUUUGUCAUCAAGGUUGUGUUGCUUAAUCAUCCACUUUUUAAAGCUUUGUUGGAUCAAGCUCGAGAAGAAUAUGAUUUCAUUGCUGAUUCUAAACUUUGUAUUCCUUGUAAUGAACAUUUUUUUCUUAGUAUUCUUAGUUUUGUAAGCUCUCCACAUCAUGAAAGGGUGUUUAAUUUGUUUGUGUUUGAAAUGAGAAAUUAA